AUGUCUCUCACUCCUAGUCGAAAGCCCUCUGCUGGUCAGCGCAGGCGGUCGGUGGGCACCAGUGGAGGAAGUGGGCGCCACUCCCACAGUGAUGCCUCCAAUACCAAUACCUACCCCUUGUCUGGCAGGGGUAGUGAAGGCAGCCCUGCAGCCCGGACAUACCCUGGCACACCCAGGCGCCAGGCAAAACAGACCACAUGCAGUGACAACCAUGGGAUUCGGCCGCCCACUCCGGAGCAGUACCUCACACCCCUACAGCAGAAGGAGGUCUGUAUUCGACACCUGCGUGCUAGACUGAGAGAGAACGUGGACAGGCUCCAGCACAGGGACUGUGAGAUUGGUGAACUAAGGACCCAGCUGUGCAGAAUGCAGGAGGACUGGAUCGAGGAGGAGUGUCACCGUGUGGAGGCCCAGCUGGCCCUGAAAGAUGCCCGCAGGGAGAUCCAGCACCUCCAGGAGGUUGUCGAGUCUGUUAGAACUAACCUCACCACCCGAGAACAAGACCCCCAUGACCAUAAGCCAUACCUAAGGCCACAGGGACCCUGGUCUGGGAAGUCCAGAUCCUGUGGCUGCUCUCCAGCCAGCACACUGAGCCGCAGCACCACGUACACCCGGCUCAGUAGUGAAGGGCUAGCUCUGCAGCUAGACCGUGACGGAAACGCCCCGGACUUCUGUGGAGCGCCACGUGCUGAUGGGCGAACCCACCUGCUGUUGGAGGCUAACCUGCUGUCAGAGCAGGCCACACCAGGCCAUGCUCGGGGGCCCCCCACUGCUAGCGUACCACGCUCCUCCACAUACGAGAGGCUGUGUAGUGGGGGGGCUGUACUGCCCGUCUCCCACUCCUGCCAGUCUCUCAGUAGCAGCUGCAGGUGCACUGGGCACACGUACCUCCCACACCACCACCUGUUCUUGCAUCUGCCCCAGGAGGAGGCUCCACCAGCACCCGUAGCUCCAGCUGCUGUCCCUGUUCCUGUUCCUGUGGUAGAGAGCAAGCCAGAGGUCAGAUCCCAAGCCUGUAGCCCCACCAUCACUUGGCUUUCUGAGGAAGGAGGGGGCGAGGAGCUGAGUAUCAUCUCUCUAGCAACAGCCAAUGUCACCCCCUCUGAGACACAGCCAUUCCCUCCCUCCUUGUCUUCCUCGCCCCCUCCCCAGCUGGCCUACAACAUAGAGCCACUGCCUCCAGACAGACCUGUGGAGAUCACAGUGUUGCCGACCAUGGCCCAGACCUGCCAGCCCUCUCCUGGGGUCCAGCAGGCAGCAACCGUUGUGGAGGUGGAGGCGGAGGCUGAAGCAGAAAGUGAAAAUAAUGUGGAAGGAGAAGAAGGUCCUCCGCAGCGGAGCCACUGGAGCAGAUACUUCCUGGUGGAUUUGUUCGCUCUGGCCAUGCCAGUGGUACCAACAGUGGCCUGGCUGUGCCAUGGGGCACCACGAGAGGUUCUGCCUGUGUACCACAUUGGCUCUCUGUUAAGGGGCUGCUGUGCUGUAGCACUCCACUCCUUACGCCGAAGGGGCGCUGGCAGAGGUCGUGGGCCUACCACCAUGAAUGGUGCAACCUCUAUCUGAGUACCGCUUCACCUUAGAUCUCUUUUAGUUGCCAUGCAACCCCACCUCCAAGAACCACAGCCACAACUAGUAUUACUUUUGUCUUUCCUCUUGUCUUAACCACAUAGUAUGGCAUGAGGAUGACAUGAUAGGAUUGUUCUGUU